AUGAGAUUCACAAAAUUUCUGCAAAUUCAAAUUCCACCCGCCACUGCGCAAACCAUUCACCACCACCUCCCGAAUGGACUCAACUACGCCGCAUACGGCCGCCUCAUCCAACACUGCACCAACCACCGUCUCAUCCGCCAAGCUAAGCUCCUCCAUGGCAAACUCAUUCUCUCCUCCGUCACCCUCGAUAACUUCUUGGCUUCAAAACUCAUCACUUUUUACUCUAAAACCAACAACCUUUUCGAAGCCCACAAGGUGUUCGACCAAAUUCUCAACAAGAACACUUUCUCUUGGAACGCAUUGCUCAUGGGCUACUCAAUGAACAACAAGCACCCAGAUACACUGAAGCUUUUCCGGAGUUUCUUAUCUGCCUCUUCGAUGUCUGUAAAACCAGAUAAUUACACUGUUACAUGUGUGUUAAAAGCUUUGUCCUCGUUGGGUUAUGAAUCAAGCUUCGCUAAAACAUUUCACUGUUAUAUCAUCCGGAACGGGUUAGAUUCCGAUAUCUUUGUGGUAAAUGCUUUGAUAACUUUCUACUGUAGGUGUGAUGAGAUUGAUACAGCAAGAACGUUGUUUGAUCUUACACCUGAUAAAGAUCUCGUCUCCUGGAAUUCAAUGAUGGCAGGGUAUUCACAAGGAGGAUUCUACGAAAAAUGCAAAGAAUUAUAUUCAAAGAUUUUAAGCUUGGAAGACAUAACACCAAAUGAGUUCACAGUAAUCAGCAUCCUCCAAGCAUGUGCACAGUCGAACGAUCUAAAUUUAGGUAUGAAAGUUCAUAAAUUUGUGAUAGACAAUCAAAUCCAAACAGAUCUUCCAGUUUGCAAUGCGUUCAUCACAAUGUUUGCCAAAUGUGGCAGUUUGGACUACGCUCACCAACUGUUCGAUGAAAUGUCUGAGAAAGAUGAGAUUAGCUAUGGCUCUAUAAUAUCAGGGUACAUGCUACAUGGCUUUGUAGACAAAGCCAUGAAGCUUUUCAGGGAAAUGAAAACACCAGGUUUGAGUACAUGGAAUGCUGUAAUCUCAGGUCAUUUUCAGAACAAUCAGUAUGAAAAGGUAAUCGAUUUACUCCAUGAGAUGCAAGAAAACAGAUUCAAACCAAACACUGUAACACUCUCAAACAUUUUUCCUACACUUUCACAUUUAUCAAAUCUAAAAGGAUCAAAAGAAACACACGCAUACGCAAUCAGAAACAGUUAUGACACAAACAUCUAUGUAGCAACAGGGAUUAUCGACACCUAUGCUAAAUUAGGUUUUCUCAAUGGGGCCCACAUAGCUUUUAACCAAUCAGAAAAGAGAAGUGUAAUCAUCUGGACAUCAAUAAUCUCAGCAUAUUCUUCACAUGGUGAUGUAAACUCAACACUUGAUCUAUUCAAUCAAAUGAUAAAAGAAGGCAUAUAUCCAGAUCCUGUGACAUUCACAUCUGUAUUAUCAGCUUGUGCUCAUUCUGGAUAUGUAAAUGAAGCUUUUAGGGUAUUUGAAAGCAUGUUACCUAAAUACAAUAUUCAUCCAUCCAUGGAGCAUUAUGCAUGUAUAGUAGGUGUUUUAACUAGGGCUUUGAAGCUACAUGAAGCUGUGGAGUUCAUAAAGAAAAUGCCUUUUGAAGGUAGUGAAAAAGUUUGGGGUGCAUUGCUUCAUGGGGCUUCGGUUUGUGGUGAUGUUGAAAUUGGGAAACUUGCUUUUGAUCAUUUGUUUGAAAUUGAGCCUGAAAAUACAGGAAAUUAUGUAAUAAUGGCAAAUUUAUAUUCACAAGCUGGGAGAUUUGAAGAGGCUGAAAAUGUUAGGGUGAUGUUGAAUAAAUUUGGGUUGAAAAAGAUUGCGGGUUGUAGUUGGAUUGAAACGCCAGGUGGCAUGCAAAGUUUUAUAGCUAAAGAUUUAUCGAAUGAAAGAAGUGAUGAAAUGUAUGUGAUUUUGGAUGGAUUAUUUAACUUGAUGAAAGAAGAAAGUGAAGAUUUUUAUGAGGGAAGUGAUUGUUGUUUGGAAUCAAAUCAUUUGAUCAUAGUAUAG